ACCCUAUUGAUAUAUUCAUCGGCCAACAUGGCUGACGUACACACGAUAACAACAGAUCUGAAAGAAAAUAAACUUCAUACGGUUGUAAAUAUAUGUGGUUGUGUAGUUUCUGGCUGAUGUGGCGAUGGAAGCUAAAUAUAAAGAGCUUAUUGAACUUCAUAGACUUAAGUUUUCUGCGGUUGUGGAUGCCGAUCGUUUGUUGCCUAUUUUAGAAAUCGCAGAAACGUUGAGCAAUGCAGAAGUUACAGAAAUCAAUAAACUGACUGUCAACAAGGAAAGGGUCGACAAGAUUCUUGAUAUUUUACUGAACAAGGACAAUCUAGCAUUUAAGGGCUUAUGCUUUGCUCUAGAAAACACAUACCCUCAUCUUCUUACGGUUAUGUUCCUUGGAAAUUCUCAAAGGACAACUUCUGCUUCAGGAUCAGAUGUAAGACCAGCGUCGAUUGCCUCGGACUCGGAAGAAGAUGUGCUCAGAAGAUGCCAUAGUUCAGAUUUUAUUAGUUGCCGAAUUCCUUGGAAGGGCUUAACAUCAACAUGUGACGCCAGAUCACAGGAUCUGAAGACCUAUACACGGAAGAUCCCGUCCUGUGAGUACGAUGAUUUCCAGGACUUGGGCUCGUUGGAUGGAUCUCUGGUCGACGCCCACUUCAGUGGGGCCAAAAUCACGCACUCAGGACGAUACAAACAGGGAAUAAACGGUGAGAGUCGCCAUAGAAGCCAUAACAGAGACUAUGAUUGGCUAAAAUUUCAGUGUGAAAGGGCAAUGUCUGAACUUCAAGCAUUAAAAAUGCAGCAGUCAGAUAACACAAAACGUUAUGAUGCUGUGAUCAAAGAGUCUGACUCUUAUAGACUGAGCUACAUGUCCACACUGAGCCAGCUUCAGCAGACACGUGAGGACGCAGAGGUCAUGCGAGGUCAGAAUCGGGAUCUAGUUGCAGAAAAUAAACGCUUUGAACAGGAAGUAAAAAAUUUACGUAAACUUAGAGAAGAAGACCAGAAAGAAAUGACGGAAUUACGUAAGCAUCAGCGGGAUAUUGUAAGUAAGAGUGGUUCUAGUGAAGUGCUAAAUGCAUUGGAUAUGUAUGACAGAAUAAAGAAGGAUUAUGACUCGUUAAGGGAUCGCUACUCAGAUCUAGUCACCCAGCAUAGCUCUCUAAAAACUAAAUUUGAAAACUCCCAAGAGGAAAAUGUAAAGCUUAAAAAGCAGUUGCAGGUUGUGUGUAGUGAACGGGACUCGGCUAUUCUUGAAAGAAAUGGUUUGAAGCAGCAGUGUACUGCUGCAAUCAGGAACUGGGACCAAGUGAUACAUGAAUGCAAUGAUAUGAAAGAAAAAAUACAGAAAAUCACACAGCAAAGGGAUGAUGUAAUGAAAGAAAUGAAUCAAGCAUUAGCUGGUCAGUUGCGAGCAAAGAAGGAACUGGAACUUGUUCAGAAAGACAAGGAUGCUGUGUUCCGUGAAUAUAACCUGAUUAUGUCAGAAAGAGACCAAGUUCAUAAGGAAAUUGAACAACUGAAUGAAAGGCUGUCUCAGAAUGAAGCAAGUAUUGAAACAUUACAAAAGGACAAAAAAUCUGCUCAAGACGAGGCAGAGACUUUGAAACGUGAAAUUACAUCGGCACUUCAAGACCGGGACAAGUCAGUGAAGGAAAGAAAUGAGCUCAGUGAGAAGUGUAAUGAGCUCCUCAGUAAACAGAGUGCCAUUGAGAAGCAGAGGGAGGAAUACAAGAAGGAAGUUGAGAUGUCAAUCCAGCAGAGAGAUAUUGCACGUAAAGAGAGACAAGAAGCAAUGCAGGACAGAGACAGAAUUCUUAGAGAAAAAUAUGAACGUGAACAGUUUCAGAAGGAGAAUGCAGACAAGAUGGACCAAUACAAUCGCGAAACGGAGCAAUUAAAAUUGAGAAUUGAAAAGCUGAACCAGCAAUUGCAAGAUGGCGUACAUGAAGCUGAAAUAGCCAAAAAUCGUCGAGACUGGGCAAUGAGCGAGCGUGACAAGAUUGUGCAGGAGCGCGACAGCAUGCGCACCCUGUGUGACAGCCUACGCCGUGACAGGGACCGCGCCGUGAGCGACCUUGCACAGUCUAUACGUGACUUUGAUGAGAUGAAAAAACAAAAACAUGAAGCUGUCAGAGAGCUGAAAGAGUACAGGGACAAGUAUGAGCUGGUGAAUGAGAAGGAGUCCAGGAAGAGUCAGCUCAACUCUGUCGCACACAACCACAGUCGAGACUCCGCUAUCGACGCUGAUAUGCAGGAGUUUGAAACAGAAACUCUCGAAAUUGAACUGUCUGGUCUGAACAAAGAAGAUGUUGGUUUUGAACUGGUGGGAGGCAAAGAUGACCCCCAGUACCCCAACGACAACUCUCUGUUUGUCAGUCAUGUGGUCAAGGGCAGUCCUGCAGAGAAUAAGCUCAGAUUGAAUGACCAAGUUCUGCGCAUAAACAACAAGGACGUUUGCAAUGUAGAGAAAAGGUUUGCAUAUAACCUUCUGCGAAACAGGUCUGGAACUGUUGCUAUGCAGGUGAUGCGGCGGAGGAAGAUCUCUCCAUCGCGGUCCUGGCAGGCCAUCCAGCUAAGCAUUCCCCCUGGAAAAGAUAUUGGCAUUCAGCUAGAGAAUGGGCUGUAUGUAACCAGGGUGAAUCCAGGCUCCUAUGCUGCCAAGGAGGGGCUCAUAACCGUGGGUGACCGCAUCAUAAGUGUGAAUGGUCGCAGUGUUGAGAACAUGAGCCCAGAGGAUCUACAGAAGACCCUGUUCCAGUGUGGGGGAGACACCAUCCUGCUGGACGUGUGGCGCCAGACCACACCCCUCAGCUCGGCUGGCUCCUCCCCCAUACCCCUUGGAGCCCCUCUCCAGGAACCCCUUCUCUGCCCCUCCUCCAAGUCAGACCCCUCCAAGCGUUGGGACUCAGCCAGUGAAGGCAGCAAGGGCAGCUUGCGUAAUAUCAAGAGCAGUGGGUCCCAGACAGACAGUCUUGACAGUCCCAGUGUGAUGCGCAGGGGUAAAGAACGAAAACAGUCCGAUAAGGAUUCAGACCAUAAGGCGAGACAUAGUGUGCACAUCUUUGAUAAAGCAUUAGAAACUGUGGACAAAAUAUUCAAGUCAAGGAAUAAGUCCACUGAGAGAAUUGAGAUUGAUAAAGGGACACUCACACCAAGUCGACCAAGAACUAUGAUAGAAAACAGUGUGGAUAUUGUUGAAUUCGCCUUUCCAAUGCAUACUCGAGAAAACUCAAAUGCCUCAUCAACAACAAGAAAUUCUGGACGACCAAAUGAGGAAGUGCUUGAAAAUGUGGACCAAGAAAUGAGUAACACAGGCACAUGGCCAAAGUGUUAUCGCUUUUCAAAUGCAACAGUUAAUGGGACUGUGAUACAGACUCAGAAAAACCAUCACAAACGCCCAAGCAUAGAGGCUGUGAUAGAUCGUACUGGGGACCAAGGCUUUCGAGUACCGCCCUUGCCACCCGAACGCAAGAACUCUUCAUUUGUGGCUGCCAGACACACGCCCCAGAAUUCUGACUCCACCAUCACCUACAGCUCCCAUCCACCCUCUCCCUCACUAUCCCCCCAGCCCAGUAAUGCGAGUUCCAGUGUUGCAUAUUUUCCCAAAUCUCCAGCUAUUCCGCGGCACACGUUCAUUCACCAGCACCAGGACAGCAUCAACACUCCCCCUCCUAGUCAAAGCUACCAUUCUCCCCCUGGGGCUCAUACCCCCCAUCAGGCACACAAGCCAACCAGACUUACUGGUAACCUUAAAAGUCCUCCACGCAUUCCACAAGUGUCCACCAACCAAUAUGACUUAAAAAGUUCGAGCAAUCAUGCCAAUAGAAUGCGUCCCCCCAGUGGGGUGUCAGUUGAGCAGAAGAGUUUGCACUCCAAUGUGGUCUACAUAUCGCCGACAAGCCACAAUCCACCAUCACAUAUAGGAAGUCGAAACAGCACUCCUGAACCUUACUCACCCACCAAACCUAUCGAGUUUAUAGAUCGACCAAUAGGACGCCAUUAUGCUAUGCCCAACUCAUACAGCAGUAACUCGCUGCCGACCCCGUCUCAACCAGUGGUUGCCCGGCAACAUGACAACGUGCACCACGCCACCACCACGGUCCUGCCGCCCAGGUUCAAUCCUCAUGCAGCAUUCCUCCCGGAUAGCAUCGAUCUGGAGAACCUGCCGCCGUACCCCAGCGGCAUGUCAGAGGUCAGCUCCCCAAGCCCCAGCCUGAUCUCCGAGGUGAGCCGCUUCACGCCCAACCACAUGGAGUACCCGUACCCUUCGUACCCAUACUACCAGGAACACCGCUACCGCAAUCCAUCCAUACCCAGUGUCAAUGUCAGCAUCAACGAUACAUCUGGAUCUAUUGUGUCCGAUGGUGACCUGGAGAGCAUGUGCAGUCCAUUCCAAGAGAUGCACAAGAUGUUGCCCCAAUCUUCACUGCCUUUGGACCAUUCUCUGCCAAGAAGAAAACCUUCCAAGCCCAAGCUGCAUGAGACGCGUACGAUCAGUUUUGAGAAGACCUUGAAACCAGUCGGUUUCCAGAUAGAGAUGGGACCAGUCAGUGGGGGGAUAUUUGUGCGGUCUGUCAACGAGAAUAGCCAGGCAGCCAUGGAGGGGCUCGUAGUCGGGGACCAGCUAUUGGAGAUCUGUGCUAUCAACAUGCGUAAUGCCACCUAUGACUUGGCAGCCAGGGUCCUGCAGCAGUGUGGAAGUAACCUGACAAUGUUGGUGCAGUAUAACCCUGAAAAGUAUUUAGGUGGCAACUACAAUGAGACAUCUGCCCCUAGUUCCCCAGAACAGCCGCCCAAAGUCCAGGACCACAACAACCCACGUGUCAGGCUCCCAGCUAGGGACAGCACUCGCGGGUCGAUAGGAAAAUACGACGCUCAGCGCAAUGUGUCUUUCAAGAAGCCCAACCCCACUGCCAGCCUGGGGCUCUCUCUCGCCGGGGGCAACGCUACGGGCAUCUUCAUCCAGAACAUUGAGGAGAAUAGCCCCGCACAUAACCAGAAUGUCCUCGCAGGGGACCAAAUACUGGAGUUCAAUGGAAUUGAUUUCACACGUGCUACUGCUGAGCAGGCUUACAGACAUCUGCACGAGCCAUGUGCGUCCGUCCGUUUGCGGCUGAGAUACCACCCAUCUUUGUACAGCAAGGUGAGGGACAUGAAGCGUGGUGACUCACUGUAUGUGCGGGCCAUGAUAGACCACGUGGCAGACAAGGACGGGGAGCUGAGUUUCCGAAGGGAUGACCUGCUGCACAUUGAGGACACCAUGUACGGGGGCCAGCAGGGGGUCUGGUACGCCUGGAUCAUCAGUGACACUGGAGAGAAGAUCAAGGGCGGAACUAUUCCCAGCAAAGACAGGCUGGAAGAUGACAUUUCUCUGCACAUGUCAGAAAGUAUGAGUCUGCCAGACUCGGAUGAGUUCAAAACCCGCCGUGGCUCUGGUUCGGCGAGACGUAGCUUUUGGAGGCGGAACAAAAAACACCAGCGUAAUAAUUCCAAAGACAGCCGUGACUUUAACUCGUGCUCCGAUGCAUCAUUGAACAGUGACUCUUUACCAGUUCUGGAUGAUUCCAGCACAUAUCUAAGUGUAGAGAGGCUAGAAUACAAGAAGACGCGUCCAGUAGUUCUUAUUGCCCCGCUGGCUGAUGCUCUCAUCCAGAAAUUGUCCUCAGAAUCUCCUGAUAAAUAUUUCUACUGUCAGGCCACUGUGAUGCAGACGUCUCAAAGUGAAAUGCUAGAUGGCCUGAAGGAUGGACGCUACAUCGACUUCUGGCAGCAGGAGGAUAGGUUCCACUGUAUACGCCUCAAGUCUGUCACUGACAUCUGUGAUCAGAAGAUUCAUUGCCUGUUAAACGUGAAUCCAGCGGCCAUAGAGAGGCUACAGAGGCAGCAGAUUUACCCCAUUGUCAUAUACGCCAGACACAAAUCUUAUAAAUCUCUAAGGGAGAUCAAAGACAUGCAAUUCCUGCCAGAGAAGCUCACAAUUAAGGCAUCUAAAGAGCUCUACGAGUAUUUCUUGAAGGCAGAACAGGACUACAGGCAUCUCAUUUCUGCUACCAUCCAAGGGGGCAACCUGGCUGAGAUGGCCCAGCAGAUCAAGAAUGUGAUAGCCUCGGAGCAGGAGAAGCCUAUCUGGGUCCCCUCCUCCACCCUGAGAUGACACACACACAGCUACCACUACGUUGGGACAUACACAGAUCCUUAAUGCCACAUGCAGACAUUGACAUAGCACACACAUGCCCGACAGACCAAGGACUUAUAUGAUCCUCAUGCUGGGAAAACUGUGCUAAAUGCUUGUGCGUUAAGUGUCGUCCCAGAAUGUUGUCCAGUAUGCAAAGGCCAAUCAGGGGCGAUACUUCCCACCUUUUAUGGAAAUGUUCAAUUAAAGGUGGACUCUCUUGAACAAAAAUCCAGUGAAUGUGAAAUGUCAUCCUGAUUAGCCUGUGCAGACUGCAAAGGCUAAUAUGGGAUUACACUUAACACACAAGAAUUAAGCCCGGUUUUCUCAGAACAAAGCUCGUGUGGCUACUAGACAUUGGCCUAAUAACACUGCUGAUGGUCAUUGCUUGAGCAUGCACACAGCCAAUUAUCAUUGGCUAGGCACAUUUGGUGGACAUUCCAAGUUACAGACUUCCAUCAAUCCACAUAUAUUUCUGAAAUGUGAAGAAAUUGUUUUGAUAAGUUAAAUGAUAUUUGUAUAUGAUGGAUUAAACUUUGCUUGCUUCAUGUGCUGGGAUGAAUAUAACUCUUAGAUAUAUUAUUAGCCCAUCUGAGCACCAAGUGCUCAAGAUGAACCGUUGUGAGGGUUGGCAUAAAAUGUUGUCAACGUUUAGCUAGUUACCACUUUAGAGGCCACUUUUGGUUCCUAUCUUGAUCUAGGUCAGAAUGUUUAUCUUAACAAUAUGUGUCUUGUUCUGUGAAAACUGGGCAUAAUGCAUGUGUGUAAAGUGUCCCAGAUUAGCCUGUGCAGUACGCACAGGCUAAUCAGGGACGACACUUUCCACUUCAAUGGUAUUUUUCGUUUAAAGGAAGUCCAUUUGUACUGAAAAUCAAGUUUAAGCGGAAAGUGUCGUCCCUGAUUAGUCUGUGCGGACUGCACAGGCCAAUCUGGGAUAACACUUUACGCACAUGUAUUAUGCCCAGUUUUCUCAGAACACGACUCGUAUGUAGUCCAAGUACAAAUAUGGGUCAUGUGUGUCCAAAAACAAGGUGACCUGGUCAAAUUAUAAAAAAGCCUUGUUACAACUCUAGAAGACUCAUUUACAAUUUAUUAUUGAUGACAAUAUGUGAGAAUGUUUAUCUUGAGUACUGGGUAUAUCCAACUAUUCUUAUUUGUUUCAAGUGUGUCCUAAAACUAUGGCAACAGGUAAAGUAUUGAAAAAACCUUUGCAUCAUUUAAGUUUUUGCUUCUAACUAGCUCAUGGGUGAGAUUGUUUAUCUUUACAAUGUUUGUAAAUGCUACAAUGCUAAGUUUAAAAUCUGGGUUAGCUGUUUCCAAAAGCUAUUUCCUUGGGUCAAAUCUCAGAAAACCCUCUUUAUCACUUUAGAAACCACAUUUACGAGUAAAUCUUGAUGAAUCAUGGUCAGAAUGUUUUCUUGACAAUAUCAAUGCUUAAUUUAAAAAUCUGGGUGAAGUGUUCCCAAAAACUAGGUACCGGUAAUUAGGCCAAACCUUUGAAAAACUUUGUAUUAUCACUCUGGAAGCCAUAUUUAUGACUCAAUCCUUAUGAAAAUGUGUCAGAAUGUUCACCUUGACAACAUCAAGACAAGGUUUAAAUCUGGGUAAAUUGUGUUUGAAACUAGGUUUCCAGGUCAAAUCCUCAAAAACCAAAUUGUUACCACUUUGGAAACCAUAUUUAUGCAGAUUCAAUAUUGAUAAAUCUUGGUCAGAGUGUUCAUCUUGAAAAUAUCCAAUUCAAGUUUGAAUAUUUGUAAAAUGGGUAAAAAAAUAAGCCAUUCGUUCAAUCAUAUUCUAACCUAUCUAGAUGCCACUUAUGACUCGGUCUCAAUGAAAUCUGGUGAUAAUGUAAAUCUUGACAAAAUCUUGGCCAAGUUUAAAUCCCAAAUCGAUUACUUUACGGCCAUCAUUGUCCCUUUUUAAUGGUUUACAUAGUGCUAACGGAAAAGCCGUAAACGGUAUUUAAAAAAGAUUUUAACAGUAAAAGAACAAUAUUGCUAGGUUGUGAUUAGGAUGUAUAUUGUAUUAAUUGUAGUGUUUUGUUUACAUUGCAUUAUAAGUGUCUUUGGUUAUGGGCCAAGCUUUUUAGAUCUUUCCCCAUUCAAAUAUUUAUUUUUUUGCUUAUGUAUAUGUACCCAGACCAACACAUCAAUUCAAGUAACAUGUUACACUUUAUUCUACAUUUCUUGACUAGUUUUGGGUAGGAUUGCUUUGCAAAUUUUGACCUAUAAACAUGUUUUCAUUGUUUAAGUAUAUUUUUAUGUUAAAGUGAUUGUUAAAUUUCUGUUCUGAUACACUUGCACAAAAUUGAUUGUAUUGAUUGAUACAACUUUUAACUGUAAAAUGUGGUAACAAAAAUUCACCAAGAAGCAUGACAUGACUUGCUUUAGAAACAGAUGAAGCAAAUGAUGCAGUUCAGGUUGUGCGAGUGCUAAGCUGGGUCAGGUGUUUACUCCUGCACAUCUACAAUGAAGCAUGUUUGUAUUUCUGGGAAAUAUGUUGCUAUGAGACAAAUUCCGAUGUGAUGUGUUGAAUGAGGAAUUCACAGAAUCAUGUGGCUGUGUAAAUUAAAUAUUAAACAAUGCAUUUACUUACUUUUGUUAUAAUGCAAGUAGAUAAACCCAUUAUGAGGGGGGUAUAAUGAAGGUAUUUCACUGAUUUUGAUGAACAUGUGUAAACAAGCAACGCAUAUUCCCUAUUUUAAAGCAUAUUUUUUCUAGUGGCAAUGUUAAAUUGAUGAAAUCCUUACAAAAUAUGUAUACAUUAACAAAGAGAUAGUUAUUAAAUAAUAUUUGGCUAUCAUAGUUUUUUGUUGACUAACCCAUGGUAAGGAAUAUAGAUGUACAUGAAUUAAAUCAGGAGUGUCAAAGUACAAGUGAUUUAAUCAUGCAUCAAUCUUUACUCCUGAGCAUGUUUAUUUUUAAAACAAACUAUGAUAAUGUUUUAUUUUGAAUCUUAAAUGAUCUUAUGUUCUUUAAUCUGUAUUUUUUAAGUUCAGGCACGAAAACUAAGUUUUACUAUAUCCUGUCCAUCUUUUAUGGAGACAUUUAAUGGUCGUUACAUUCUAUAGAACAAUAAGGAUAGCUUUGAAACGAUAUAUAAUAGGGUGCAUUCUAACACAUGCAGUUAAAUGUUCAUUACCCCUGGAUUUUUCAGAACUACUUGAUUUACUUAUUGUCUAUUAUAGGAAACAGGCUGCAUAUGUUAGGAUUAGAUUUGAGAACUGGUUUUAUGUAAUUGUGAAUUAUGUAUGGCUUGACUGCUGGAUUAAAUGUACAUUAUAAAGCAACAAAAAAUAUACAUUUUACUGGAUAUUAUGUCAUUUGUGUCCAGAAGAAACAUUGUCAUUUACAUGAACUGCUUUUGUUAAUAUGGUUGUGAAUUACUGUAAACAUUUUUGAAACAUAUAUGUGAUAUUUUAUGAAUAAAUAUGUUGCAUGAAAUUCA